ACAUGCCGUUUCGAUAAUCGAAUGAGAAACAAAAAAAACUCUUAGGGAGAGUUGUUGUAUUCAGGUUCGAGGAAGGUGCUGUAUUACGGGGGUGUGUGAAUGGUGCAGGUGUAAUUUAAUAAGAGCAGGGGAGGCUGGCGAUUUAAUAGGAUAUUGAUUUGUCCGCGACUGCCUUGCUGGCUCCAUCGCACACACGAACCAGGUAGCCAUGAACGUCGAUAUUUUUGGGGCACUGGCUGGUGCAACGUGUCGGCUGUACAUAUGCCAUGCUCUAACGUGCUUGCUGGCCUGAUAGGGCCCGAAAUGCAAACAGCCACUGGCGAUAUGUAUUAAUGAUACGAGGCGAAUUACGGGUCACGACGACGACUACGGCCAGUACGAUUGCAACGACCAUCACGACGGCGACCACGACGGCAGCGGCGACGACAACGCCGACAACGACGGCGAAGACGGUGACGACGGCCACGAACACGAUCACGACCACGACCACGACCACGACCACGACCACGACCACAACUGAUACGUUACGGGUGACGGCGGCGGCGGCGGCGGCGACGUCGGCGAAAACGACAGCAACGGUAGUAACAUCAAAGACGUGUUCAUUAGAAAAAAAAAAAGUGGUAUUGUUGUUGCACAGUGUGUAUUUUACAGAGUUUCAUUACAUUGGCUGUGUUUAAUGUAGUUGUUAGAAUGUUAAAUGCGUAAUCAAGAUAUCUGAGACACAAUGGAUCUUACAAACAACGGAGCAUCAGGGGGUGCAGUGGCUUGUCCGGUGUGUACCCUCUAUUUACGGGAGGGGAUCAGCCUGCAAAGACAUUUGGACACGCAUCCGAAGGAGCAAGUCAUUGAGGCGCUUAUCAAAGCUAGUAGUAAUUCUUCGCCAUUGCAACAGACACAGGCGUCACCAGCCGCGCCUCCUGCGUCCCCGUCUGUACAGACGCAGCAGAGCACACCUCCAGUCACGCAAAAUACUCAUCUUUCGACUCAGUCUCCGUAUCCUAUUGGACCCAUUUUCGAGUGUCCGCCGAUCGGUACUAUGAUGCCGCCUCAGUUCGCUUCGUUUAGUUAUCAACAAUUUGUAAAUAAUGGCACUAUGAUGAUACCGCAAUAUGCAAUGGCUCCGCAAGCUAAUCAAAUGAUGCAGAUGCUGUAUAAUCCAUACGGUAUGUACCAGCAGCAACAGAUACCAACCGUUCAGAUGAUAUCGCCGGUUACAGCUAUACCUAAUACAGCUAGAGUCAGACCGGUAGGGACUAUGGCUGGCGAAACGAAUGGUAGAACUGCCAUUGCUGUACCUGUAAAUAAUUCCGAGCCAAAACAAAUCUUACCUGAAAUUUUACCCGAAUCGGAACAAGAAUCUGAACAAGUGUUGCCGGAUAUCAAUCUUCCAGUUUCUCCUUCAUCGUUGGACGAAGGCAAUACUAUGCAGCAAAAUGAAAGUGAAACUAGUACAAUUCAAAUAGAACACGAAGAACAAGAAUCCCGUAACCCAACCAGCGAAGAACAGCAUAGUAUACAAAAUGAAUACAAUAGCAUUCCAAGAGCAUUGGCAAUUGCUUGUAAUGUUAAUGAUAGUAUGGAAGAUAAAGUAGAGAGCGUACUGCCAGAUAUCGACAAUGAUGAGUCGUUGCAUGCUGUUACUGCGGAUGUGCAGUGUAAAUCAAUUCAUUACGAAUCGUCGGUUGUACAAGAAUAUGUGCAUAGAUACGAAGAUAAAGAUGAUAAUAAUAAAGUUGUAAUGCCUGAAGAAUCGUUUAUGAUAACAAAGAAUGAAACCGUAGAAACAACUAUUGAAAAAGUUCCUUGCAAUGAGAAAUUAAAUGAGAAUGGAGGCACCCCGCCUCAAAUGCCUGUAGGAGGUGCAGCAAAAGAAUCGGCUCAACCUGAAGUAGAACAAUUAGAACGUCUUUUAAUCACUAUUAUGGAAUCUGAAUUUAGUAACGAAUCGCGUAAAGAAUCCAAUGUCGAAGAUAAUCAGGAAAAGAAUGUAUGCACAAAACAGAGUCCUUCCACGGAAAGAGCAGAAAGCGUGAUUCACGAAACAGUAAUCAGUAAUUCCAGCGAACAAGAGAAUUGUAAGUCCCCUAUAGAAAUAAAAUUGAACGAAAGUUCAGACACCGAUGUAGAUAGCAAUGAAAAUAAGAGUCCUCGUCUUUUGUACCAUUAUAAGAACAGUUUAUCUGCACCUCCGUCGCCUGCUGUUCUUAGAAAACCCCAUAGAACCUAUUCUGUUCAUUCGGAGUAUGGUUCAAAUGAAAAUCUCAAUUCAUACUCGAUUGGUUUUGAUUCAAAUUCGAUGCAAGACGAAGAAGACGACGAGGAUGAAAAACAUGAGAUAGAAGAGAACGAAGAUGAGAAAAAUGAAACGGAAGACAAUUUUGACGAAGCAGAUAUGGAAAUAGAAGAAAUACCUAGCCCCCACACACCUUUUAAUAAAUAUGGUAAAAGUGCGGACUCUGUUAGAUCGCAUACUCCAUUAUCUGUAUGUAGCGGUAUUUCUGUAUUAAGAGUUAGAAAGGAUCUCAGUAAACCGUGCUCGCCUGCUUCUGUACAUUCAUUUUGUCACAUGGAUGCCGUCAUGAGCCACGACGAAGAAAGUAACACAGCAAUGGAUGCAUCGUCUGAGAAAGACCCUAUCGAUUGCUCUUUGAUCGAACGAGAUAUAAAAACAGAUCAGUCGGAGCUUUCAGUGUGUGAAAAUGUUGAGAAUAAAAUUGAGGGGAAUUCAGCAUAUCAAUCCGUAAUCACUGAGCACGUAAGCUCGUUUCCUACAAUUCACUCGCAACAAUCAACGUCGGUACACGAAUCAUAUACUAGUACACCAAAUAAAAAUCAUAAUCUCGUUAAUCUGUCAGAAUCUAUCGAUGUUGCAAGUAGUUCUGACUCGAAGAGUUUCCAUUCUUCAAAAUCAAUCAUACAAAAGCAAUCGGUGGAACUCCUUAGUUUAAACGAAGAUGCUCAUGCAGGUCCAAUGAAUGUUUUUGAAUUUGAUGGGCUUCAAAUCUUAGUUCCUAGUACAUUUAUAAGUGAUUCGUCACAGAAAGCUGUUAGUGCAACCAGUCAACAAUCUAUGGCAAGUAGCGAAGGUGGAGUAGGUAUAGACGAAGAAGUCAAAAGCAUUAACAUGAGGGCUGACGAGACUAUGCCACCUAGAGGUGAACUAUCGGAACAGGAAAGCAAUGGAUGUACAGAGCAGUCUGCUUGGCAGCUAUAUACUGGUCAAGAGUCAUCGCGCAUGUCAACCUCUUACGACUUGAUGGCACGUGAGAGUUGGGAAGAAUCGGAAGGAUCAGACAAUGAAAUUGGUGGUCCACUCUUAGACAGCAGGUCUUUAGCUACACAUUUUACAUCAAGUUUAUUCCUAGAUCGAGAUAGAAAGACUCCGACGAAAAGAACAUUCAAGUGUUAUCAUUGUCCAGAAAUAUUUGAUUGCCCAAAAGAACGCAGAGUACACAGCACUACUACGCACAAAGAAGCUGGUCCGAGUAGUAGCAGAGAUCCAGUAGAUGAGCCCGAAGUAAAGGACAUCAAGCUACUGGAUGGCCGCAUGAAUGCUUUCGAUGAUAUUUUUAUACCAGGUAUACACAUGCAACAAGUUUAUCAUCAGCAACCGCUGUUACACCAGCUCCAACCACCGCAAUCGUCGGAUUUAACUGCAAAAGUGGAACCAGAUCAGAAGAUCGAGACUCUGGUAAUACCAUCCAACAUCGAGGUGAUUUGCACUUUGUGCAAUCAGCAAUUCAGCAGCGAAAAAGCGAUGCAGUUACAUCACAGAAGAGCGCAUAUUACUGAAACAGCGAAACGAAUUCGCGAGAGUACCAAGUGCCAGAUAUGCCAGGAGGAGUUUCCCUCCGUUCUGUUGUUCAAUGGCCAUUUGAAGAUACACCCGUUAGAAUGUAGCCAGUGUGGGAAGUAUUUUUAUAGGAAACAAAAUUUCAAGCUACACAUGAAACGACAUUUAGGAAUCAAACCAUUUCCAUGUACCGUUUGCGACAAAGCAUUUCUAACGAAACAGAAACUGGACGAGCACACCAACGGCCAUACUGGGAAUGCGCCCGUCAAGUGUAAUCUGUGCAACGAGACGUUUCGCAGAUAUUCGAAUCUGACCCAGCACAAAAACAGACACCAUCUGAACAUAAAAAAGAAACUGAAGGAUUACAUAUGCCACUGCGGCGAGGUGUUCCACACGAAGAAGAAACUGGCCUGGCAUAAAGAGACGCACGACGAGAAACCAAAAGCGUGUACAUAUUGUAACGAAAGAUUCAUUCACAUGGCCAGCCUAACGCGGCACAUGCGCCGUGCUCACAACAGAAGAUUCGUUCCGGACGCUCAGAGGGAGAGCGAGAACGUUGAGUGUCCCAUAUGUAAGUGUAUUUAUUUGCGAUCUUCCUUAGCAGUACAUAUGCGAGUACAUAACGGCGAGAGACCGUAUGAAUGUCAAGUUUGUUCUAAGGCAUUUAGUACUAAGUGGAACUUACAAUUGCACAAAUGGACCCACGCUGCCCGUAGCACGAAACCUUUCAAGUGUAAUCAGUGUAGUGCCGCAUUUUAUCGGCACAGCGACUAUACAGCUCACAUGAAUUCUCAUAGAAACGUGCGCCCAUACACCUGUAACUACUGCGGGGCUCAGUUCAUACGAAAGUAUAAUUGUUUAAGGCACGUAAAAGAGCACGAGGAGAACAAAGCGUACACGUGCAACGUUUGUAACAAAACUUUUCAUAGAUCGUAUUAUCUGAAGGAGCACCUGCGUGUACAUUCGGGCGCAAGACCUUACACGUGCCACAUCUGCGGGAAGUCCAGCGGCACGAAAUCCAAUCACAACAAACAUGUUAGGAUCCAUCACGCGCGGGAGCCUGUAAAUACUGAAAAUUAAAAACCGAACGAGAAUUUUUAUCCGUUUAGUCAAUAAUCGAAUGCUUUUAAAACUAUUAACGAUAUUUUACCUUAACUUUUUACCCCGUUUCGGCCGAAGGAAAUGAUAAUUUAGCACAAAAGAAAAAAUUACGACGAAAUAAGUAAAUUUAAUCAUCCUAACGUAGACGUAUUACAUUCUUCUUUUUUAAAAUUCUCGUUCGUUUUAUAUUUUAUUAUUUACCAGAUAUUUUAACACAGACAUUUUAAACUUUAGUUCGUGGCUGGUGUCACCAGUUUGAUUUGUCUUAUCUGCAAAAAAAAUGGACGACUUUGCGUUAUGUACUGUGCAUUGAAAUUCGUGAAUUUUCGUCAUAUAGUCUGCUAAAAUGACUCGAGACUGUAACUACUUAAAGAUAAUAAGAAAUUUUUAAACAAAUAUUAACUGAUACAUGUUGUCUGGAGAUCCGAGUAACUUCCAUUACGGAAGUCUAUACGACGAGAUGCUUUUGCCAACUUACACUAAUUAACUAUUAGGUAAUAAUAACUAACUGAUCGAUAUUAUGAAAAAUUAUUAAGCACUUUCUAUGCGUUGAUCGUUGUACGAAAAUUUUUUUACAACAACCGUUUUACACAAGACGUGCGUAUAAGAUUAUGUGUUCGCAUUGAACUUAAAAACGCAUUUUACGUGCCCUAUCGAUGAUUAGCGUUAUUAAUUAUCGCAAGGUAGUUACGGAUCUUAGUUAUUAUUCUUCUAUAUUUAUAUAUUUUGCAAGAUAUAAUGAUUUUUAUUGCUAAUUGUAAUUCCAAGACUGAUCGAUGUUGGUUCUUCAUAUUGCUCUGCGAUCUUAAUCUUAGUGCAUGAAACGUAUACUUGUGGCACGAUUAUUAAUAAUAAGGGGCACUCGUAUACGCGAAAUUUUAAACGACGUUUCGAGUUUAAUCGUGCUCUGGCAAGUAUCUUCAUAGUUGACUGUUUUAUAUUUAAAUAUUAGCCAAUUUGUUGUUAUUAAAUUUUACGGGAACAAUGUCGAACGAUGGAAGCUCUAAACUAUUAUGUGUAACUCAGAUUUAUUUGUACCGUAUCGAGGACGCGUUGUUGUUAUUAAAUAUUCACGAAUCGUACGAAUUACUUUGCAUGAAAUUUUUUAAAUCGAUUAAACUAUUUUUACAUUGUACAUUGAGUUUUUCUGUAUUAAUAGUUAUUUUACAAAUCGUAUGAUUUAUUAUGUAAGAUUGUUGGUUUCUGUUUUUAAAAAAGAGAAACCGCGGGUUUUGUUAUAGGAAAUGUAGUGACUUUUUGAUAGCGUCAACUGUUAAUCGAAGCUUAUUUAUAUAAAUGACCAACAUCGACGUCCAAAUGUGCAAUCGUUUAGUUAAACACGUGCAUUUCUACCGAAUGCAAAAUUGUAGAUAAUGUAAAUAUGUAUAUCAGUUUUAUUUUAUAACAGGGCCAACGAAUUCGGUUGGCAAAUUAAUAAUUGUCUAAAAGCGACUCGUACUCUUAUGAGAAUAAAAAUAGGAUAAUUAUUACCAUAAAAAGAAACUAUAAA